AGUUUCUUGGGGUUUUUACUCGGAAUUUCAGUGAUGCAAGAGUUUUAUUUAGUCGCCAACCCCCAAGGUAAAACGUUUGUGUUUCAGAAAUGCUAUUCAUUCGUGGAGCGAUUUGUACAGGUUUUGCAGAUGUACAUCGCAUGCAACAUGCAGUCCUCGAUCCAACGAAAGUGAUCACCUCAUUAUCAACUCUUUUCACCAACAUCAGUAUGCAUAUUCUCCAUAGUGUUCUCUACACAUCAUUUAAGCUUCUGACGUGAAUAAUUUGUGAAACAAUGUAGAGCUUCUUUAGUUGUUGAUUAGUGCUUCAUUCUUAUAACCACAACGUGUGAUUCGGAGAUGAUUUGGUAAGGAGAAAUUAGAUGUUAGUCACUCAUAAAGGUCAAAGAGUUAAUUCCUUAAGCCAUGUCUGAACAAUUUUAAUUAGCUCCUUUUUUUUUUUUGUUCAUAAGCAUUUUGUUUUUUUAUUUUCAGAAUACAAAGUUGCUACAGGACGAAUAUUGCAAGGUCAAUGUGCUCAUCUCAAUCAGCGUUGUAAGUGCUGAACACAGUUUUGUUUGUCUUUGUUAUAUUAGUCAUGCCAGUGGAAAGCUUAAGGUUUUGAGAGACAUGAUGUUAUAUUCUUUAGUAUCUACUCAUAUUAUUGAUCUAUCUAUUUGUUAAAUCAGCUAUUUAACAAUUAGAUUCCUUGUUACCCUGCAUCUGCUGAGUAACAGAUUACAGUUGAAGUCAAAAUAUGGUAAGAUCAAUAAAGUGGUACAUUGCAGAGUAGAUCCAUGGCAGCAUGGAAUCUAUUUGUUUACGAUGCUAAAGAGAGCAAAAAAAUUUGUUAAUGUUAAUGUAUGUAUUUGUCCUCUGGCUAUAGAUCAUGGUUAAGAAUCUAUCACAAUGCGUGCACAAUUUAGCCACUUGAAAUUUACUUAUUUACUCAUUUAUUUAUUUACGUGAAAAUUUCAAUGGGAUAGUGGUUGAUUCAAUGGAUUUCAGGUAAUAGGUUUGGAUCUGAGCCUCAGCCAGCUCAUUUCGUCAUUUUUUUAGGCCACACUCUAUUGUUUCAGGGUGCCUCUCUCAGCUCAGGUGUGUCAGUGGAUAUAUAAUGUACUCAGAUGGUCAGGAAAUCUUUGGAAAUUGCAGAGGGAUGGGGGGUUGAUUUAUAUCCUCUCACAGUCCCUCUGUGAUCCCAGGAAUAUGAUUUGUUAUCUACAAACACUCUAGGAAAUGUCAGAAGUUGUGGAGGGGAGAGGGAGUAGGGGUGGAUUUAUCUUAAAUAGACAAGCAAACUAGUGGAAUAAUGAUACUCAGUUAUUUAUUUAAAUUGUAUUGAGUGACAGACAUAUGUACAAGAAUUUUUGUGGAAGAGAAUAUCACAAAUGACUCUGAGGUUACCCUCCAAAAUCAAGGAAAACAUGGGUUUUCAAAAUUUGCUUGGGAAGCAUGGCUUCGGAUCCCCCCUUCUGGGGGCUACAUGCAGUAAAUUGUAUUGGUUAACCCACUUGUUAAGUUCACACAUCUGCCUAUAAAUAAUUUGAGCAACGUUUCCUUGGUUUAUUACUUAAUUCUCUUGCUACUUCAUGUAAUUCAUAAAGACCCUGAUAACAGCAUCCAAGUUCUUAAAUUUUCUUCACCACACAUGCUACAAAACAUUUUUGAUUCCAAGAAAAUGUGUUGUAAGUGUUUGUAACCUUCAUACAUGUAUUUCUUACAGUCAUGUUGUCUUCAAUGCACCCCUAAUCAAUAUUUGACCUUAAGUGAAUUGUUUCCAGACUUUUAGAGUGUACCAAAUUAUGUUCUUACAUGUACUUUCAAACCAAAUUAUUUUAUAUUUCAUUAACAUGAUGAUAAAUUAGUGUGUUUUUUGUCGUACAUCAACAGAGACUUCAUAGAUAAAGACAAAGGCAGAACAAGUCCAACGGAAAAAGAUGCUGAUGACACAGAUUCGACAUCAUCACUGAGUCAGAAUGAACUUCUGAAGCAGAUGUAAGCUUUAAACUAAUAUCAUUGCUCAUUUCCCCUUUCCAAAAAGAAGCAAUAUGGUACCUUCAAGUUAUUUCUUUUUAAUUUACUGAUUCUGUGUUAAAAUCUGCAGAAAUAUAUUUGAUACUGAUGAAAAGGUUGAAAUUCCCAAAGCUGCAGAUUCUCAUAUGACCUCCUCAAUGUUAGAUGAUGAACUUGUCAAGUAAGUAUAGUACAUUACUUAUUUAUUCUCAAAAUCUGCCAAGUAAUCAUCAUUUGAAGUUUCUAAAAAUUUCCUUUCAAAUUUUCUGAGAGGAAUUUUUUUCUAAAUCAAAAUUACACUUAUGUCUAAUUUACAAUUUUCUUUUCUCUCACCCAUUUGCUUGUUUACUGUAAUGGUGAUGAUGUAAGAAUUCAUAUGUACAUUGUAAAUGUGUUAAUUCCUUGUAGGAGAUUGUAGGUUUGGACUGUAUUGUCUUAACUUACUUUUCUAAAGUACAUUAAUUUUGUACUGUCACCUCAAAAGUUCAAGGUUGGAUAUGACCACACCUGUAUCAUUUUGUUUAGAAACCAUUCUUUGCUUCUGAGAAAUGAGGGAUAGGGCAGUGCUCUAGAGAGUUGGUAUCAUUCCUUGGAGUGUGAACCCAGAACUCUGUAGACGAAUUAAUUGAAAAUGACAUUAAAUUUGUUUUUUCUAAAUUUAUUUAUUUUCCCCCCAUUUUCUUUACAAUGUAUAAAACUUAGAAAAACAACUGAUCUGACUUGACAAUUCAGACUGAUUUUCUUAAAAGCACUUGUCUCCUAGUUUUCACUCACACUUUUAAACCAAAUUUCAGCAAAUUCGUGAAUUGCAUGAUGUGGGGUGGUAAAAAGUCUUUAUCACAGAAAAUCUUUAAACUGGUAAGUUGAGCAGGUUAGUUUAUACAUGAAAUAACCACAUGCCCAUAAAAAAUUGUAAAGUGGUACCUUUUUCUCCCAAAGUUUGCCAGAAUAUGUUAUGAAUGGUUCAGAAGAUUACACUUUUUGUUAAGAAUAUAAGCUAAAACCAUUUUGGAACUCCAAAAAAGAAACUGGAAUGAACUGAUAAAUGCAACAUUAGCCAAUUGGAAGUUUUCAAACUUAUUUGUAUGAUCAUUUAUUUUCUGAAGGCUUAAUGAUGGUUGCUAAAAUAGAUCACAGCAGGUUUAGAGGAGUUGAUUGUUUUAAAGAAUCAGUAGCUUGUAUGCUGGAUAUUUUUAUAACCAUUCUACUUUUAUUUUAUUUCAGGCAAUGGAAGAGAUUAAGAAGGAACAAUUGAAGAAGUGAGUUUCUUUUCUACUUAUUUUUGCAGGAGUAACAUUUCAACUGUUACUUCAUCAUGAUAUUUUUUGCAAUACUUCCUUACAUUUGCAUCAGUCGAUAUGUUAUUAAAAAUUCGCUUUUUUUCUGAUCCAUUAAGUACCUGUAGACAUCCAACUGAUGUGUUUUAUGCUAUCUCCCUGAAAAGAGAACACUUACAUACAAUUGUUUGAUGUUAUUAAACUCAAAAAACUGUGAUCAUCAGAAUAUAUUUGGAAAGUCCUUUUUUGUUUCAAGGAAAAAACCAGUAAACGUUACCUUGAUUAGAACAGUGGACUGCAAACAUCAACACUAGUCACUUUGAGGAGUCCUGAACUUUACUAACUGGUCAGUUUGCAAAAUUACUUGUCAGAAACCAACCAAAGUAGUCAUAGUUUUUACAAUAGCUCAUACUCAAUACCUUGCUUAAGAUGAAAAAGUGACUUGCAUAUUGUAACUGAAAUGUGGUAACCUACAAUGACUUGUUUUUCUCACAUUUGCAGGGUAUCAAUUCAGUCGUAUGAUUUCUGGUUUCCACAUCAUCAUUCACUAUUCCACUACAUUUUCUCAGAUACAUUUCCUGUGGCUUGGAGGAGAAAAGUGUGUGUAAUAGUGUGUGCAUGAUCUCAUCUUGACCAGAUGCUUGAAUGAAAUAAAGGCAGCAAGUUGCUUUUUCGUAUUUUUUUUAACCUAGGCAAAGACAAUCAUCCCAACCUGACUCAGUAGAGACGGAUCCUUUACAAAUUUUUGCUACUGCAAUUGAGAAUUGCAAGCCAGUCAUAGGAGUGGUAGGCAUGAAGAGGGCAGGUACUGUGUACCAGGUAGGGGCCAUAGAUAACAACUCAAGUUUUUUUGAAGCAGACAGAAGUUCAUUUUCCAGUUAGCACCAAUUAUUUACUGCCAUGACAACAUGAAAUUGUAACAUUGGGUUUUAAACAAUGUAUAUGUAAUGGUGACCAAUCAUCUAGUUUCAUGUUUACAUGUACAUCUUACAUGCUGGUAUACACUCGGUCAAUUUUUUGAUGAAUGUAAAUUCAAAGUCUUCUGAUACAAUUCCUUCAAGUAAAGUUCAAAAGCCAACCAAUGCUCACAAAAUUAUAAAAGGACCAGAGUGGAAAGAUAACUGGCAAUUGUGUGCGCCAGAGGAUGUUGUUACUCCUGUUCUUAGAGUUUGUGUCACAAAACCUUGAAUUUUUUCGCUAUUGAGGAUUUUUUCAGUACUUUUCGUUUCUCAACCAUGUGUUGGUUUCAAAGUCCUUCUCCAGAAGCAUCUGACAAUAAACUCUUAACCCUGACCCUCCCAAUAGAGUCUGGCAUACUAAUUAUUCAAUACAGCGGUUUGGUUUGGCAUAGUCAUGCAGAACAGCAUGUAUUCUUUACUCUGUUGUCUUAAUUUAGUACUACUUGUUCUUGUAGGGUUUCUUAUCAUCAGCAUCUAUCCUUUUGUAUUUCAUACAUACUUUGACAAGAGUUUUACUCACAUGUCUGUAAUUUUCAGGUGCCAAGCGCAAUCAACCAACGGCGCCGUCGAUUUUUGGCCAUUAAAUGGCUCAUCAAAGCUGCUCGGGAACAGCAAAAAGGCAAUGCCCGAAUGUACAAGAAACUUGCCAAGGAGCUAAUGGAUGCUUACAAUAAGGAGGUGGGAAGUCGUUUUUAUGGAAGUGUGCUGCAGUUUGUAAGGGUGUAUUUUUGUUUGUCUUUCGGUCGGAUAGUCACGUACAGAUAUCAGGGUUUAAUAUAACUUCACUGAAGUAAAGACUAGGGCUAGUUAGUUGCGGUUAAAGUGGCUGUAAUCUAUAUUUGAUGGGGUGUUACUAACGCUAAUCACCUAAACAUCAUCUUUGUGAAGAUUCUCAAAAAUCAUACUUAAGAUGUUACCAUUGUCGGUGAUAAUUAAGAACAGAUGUGGAAAGGGACUUAAGGUACUUAAUAAGGGAAGCCUUUCAACGCGUUUAUUGAGUGUAUAUUCUGUGUUUAGAAAUUUUUAAUGCAUAGUACUUCUUACAGUGUGUAGUUGCGUGGAUAGUUAUACUCCAACGUGUAACAGGUUAAUUUAUCCUUACUGUAUCGUCUUGAAAGCUAAACUGUGUGGAAAUUGCAGAUUAAUCAGGAGCUAUUAUUAGAUUUGACACCAAAUUCCCAAACCUAAUCAUUAUCAAGAACGAGGAAGUUGAUGGUUUAAGGAAACGGGAAUAUUUUUAUUCAAAUUUUAUAUUCCAGUGCAGCUCAGUCUCUGUCAUUAUUAUUACUAAAUUAUUAUUAUUAUUAUUAUUAUUAUUAUUAUUAUUAUUGCUGUUAUUAUUGUUGUUAUUAUUAUUAUCUUCAUCGCCGGUACCGUUCUUUUACAUAGCAGGCAAAAACACAUUUAGCAAAUAAAUGCAAUUGAGAGUUUGAUAUGUUAUUAAUUUUUGUGUAUUAUUUUUGCUCAUUUAUUUGUUUAUUUUUUUGUUGUAUUCAGGGUACUGUCAUUAAUAGGAAGCACGAACUACACAAAAGAGCUGAAGACAACAGAGCUUACGCACACUUUCGGUGGUGGUAAUACCGUACUAAAGUACAACAAUGAACUGUUGAGUUCCAUGAUUUUCUCUCCAUUUUCUUGUUUUACGUGGUGUUUCAGCAGAGAAAUCGCUGCUUGGUUGAAAUGCUGAAUGAUCUUACUUAGUAAACUCAAAAGUAUAGGUCAUGGAGGACAAGUCUACAGAUACUUUUUUGUCACUAGAAGGCCCUUCCCUGUUGAGUAUAAAGUAAUGUUGUGUAAGAAGUUUGUAGUCAAUUUAAUCAUUUCCUCUUCCUUCAUCGUUGUUGUUUGGUUUUUAUUUUAUUGUCAUUUUUGACUUCCGCUUUUCUUCAAGCAUUGUAUUAUAUCUGCCUUGACUGUAUUUUGGUCGUGAAUUUUAAAUGUUUAAAAGCGAUAACAAGUUAUAGCUUUUUGGCAGUUUGAUGGUCCAUUGCGUUUUAUCGCCGAAUUAUUUUAGUGGCAGUAGUAUGUACGUUUUUCGUCUAAUGGAUCAUCAGUGCGUUUUAUCGCCGAAUUAUUUUAGUGGCAGUAGUAUGUACGUUUUUCGUCCACUGGCUCAUCGUGUUGAUCUUAUCGGUCAACGAGUAAUUUGGGGAAUAGGACGUGAAGCGUAUGCAUUCACUCAUGAAACAAAGGUGUCAAAUUGCUGCUCAACAGAGAUACUUUCCGCUGUGUCUGGUCGCAUGUCGAGUGUAUGUAAGUUGACGACUAGGGAAGCUCUUACACAUUUUCCACACUUGCUCUCUGAUUUUCUCUCUUUUCUUU